GGUUGUCGUCAAGCCUCUCAUCAGUUUGAAGUUUUAGUUUUCACCUUCGAAACUCACUCGGUUUGAAGCCAAAGCUUUCGUCAUCGAUUCAAAUUCUCGGUGUCAAUUUCUUUCUCUGCAAAUAAAGAUAUUGUUAAGGGCGAAGAAUCCAAGAUUUAAGAAAAUGAGUGAGAUCGGUAAGAAGGCUAGACCAUCUACUAAGGGUGGUUCUCUACACACAAGUGGGGCUCAAAGUCAAGGAAGUAUGAGGAGGAAAUUGGAAAAGGAACUAGGAAGAUUGGUAACUCAGACUGAGGCAUUCAAGGCAACACACAUAAGAAAGAAGAAAAAUCUCGAAGAUCCAGACGUGUGGGUUGAGCCGCGAGCUGAAUUGACCUAUAAUCAAUAUCUUCAAGUUUUGGAGGAUUUACGACAAACUUAA